UCUUCCAACCUGCGCGUCGCAGUUAUGGUCUCUGGUGAACUGCGGUAUAAUACUUUUAAACUUGAUGUGUAAACUUUUAAUCAUCGACUAUCAUUAAUUAAAAAAUAUUGAAAUUUAUGUUCAGAAUUAGCUACAUUUCGCGACGCUCUUAAAAGGAUACUUUUAAGUUUCAAAAUGGAUAAAUAUAUUAAACUGAAAAAUGUGGGUACUAAUUACGCGAAGCAUAUGAAUCGUUUAAGUAAUCGAAUAUUCGGUGAAGUAACAAGAAUAACUAACAACAAGUCGAUGAAAGUUGUUCAGUUGUUCAGUGAACAACCGAUAAAUAAACGAGCAGAUAUAAUUAGUUAUUAUCCACGUCACACUCAAACGACAUUACUGAUGAAGAAUCUUAGAAAGUAUGGUUUAUUCAGAGAUGAACAUCAAGACUUCAACGAUGAAUAUGAACGUUUAAGAGAGCUCCGUGGUAAAACAAAAUGGGUACCAGUAUACCUGAGAAAGAAGAAAUAAAUUUUCUUAUUUUCUCAAUGAAAUUGUGUAUUUUAUAUAAAAUAUAUACUUUUAAAUACAA